ACAGACAUCCUCCACUUUAUUGAAUUACCCCGCGGAUGGACCUACUCUGAUUCUCAGAUGGAGGAAUCCCUGGACGGGCGCGAGGGCGGCGCGGGCGCAGCCGGCUUCGAUUCGGCCGCCAUCUUGAAUGAUGACGUCUCUCCCACCACCAGCUUCUGCUAUAGCAUCCCGAACUUGUUUAAUGGUUUAGGCCCCGGCUCAGUCCUUUGCGAAAGACCCGAUACUGAAGCUACGGAACCCUUCAGUGCCUCCACGGAACCUUCAGAAGCCGUGGAACAUCAGCAGUUUGAAGAUGACGAGGAGUACUCUCCAAAAUCGAAUUCGAAAAGCGAUAUUCCAAAACGCAAGCAACGUCGAUACAGAACCACCUUUUCAAACGUGCAACUUGAGCAGCUGGAAGCAGCCUUCCACAAGACCCACUAUCCUGAUGUCUUCUUCAGAGAGGAGUUGGCUAUGAGGAUUGACCUGACGGAGGCAAGGGUUCAGGUAUGGUUCCAAAACCGGCGAGCCAAGUGGCGAAAGCAGCAGAAGACGGGUUGCGAGCCGUACCCUCGAGGAAGGUCUCCGGAACAGCGCUCUCCUUCAGCCCUGGCGCUGGAAAUGAGAGACUUCAUUACUAUACCUGUGUCUUCACCACAAAUGGUGAACAUAGCCGAGACAUCCAGCCAGAACUACGCCAAGUCAAAGCAAGCCAUGCCAGCAAUCCACAUAUCGGCCCUCCCGACUCGACAAAAUUCCCAAAUGGAGCUGCCCUCUUUCUCCAUACCUCUGCAAUAUAAUCUAGGUACCUUCAAAAAGGUAGAAGAUGUACAAUUUGACAUAGCAACGACAGAAAAUGAGCAAUGGGAUGGUAGAAUGAUACCGAACUUUAAUUUAAUGAAUUUAAAACCUCUCAUAGAAAACAGAGAGAACAUUGAUAUGGCUGAACUAAAAUAUGAAGUAAAAAAUGAAAAUAAUAAAAGAGUAUAUAAUGAAAUAUCCAUUCAAGGUACUAGUAUAGAAACAGAUGAUAUACUAGGCAAAGAAACAGUUAACGAAGGACAAACAAUAUCACCUGAUUUUGAAAUGGCAAGAUACGAAAAUUUCCAAAGCGAAAAUGAGAAGAGAUAUAGAGAAGGCAGUUUUGAAGGAACCAGUAUGGAAGAUGGUAGGAGUGACUUUAUAUGUGACAGUGAUUUUCUUUGUAAGACUAAUUAUGAAAAAGUGGAAGAGAAGAGAAAUGAGUUUCAAGAGUGUAACUUGUUAGAUACGGAAAAUAAUGGUAUUAAUAAUUUCGAGGCUAAUAUAUAAUUACAUAUUAUAAGUAUAAUAAUGAACAAUGUGCAAUAUUUAGUUAUUAAAGAUAGUGUUAUGAUGAAGAUAACUGUACAUGAUAAGGUGUAAAUAAAGAAACGGUGUGCCUUAAGUGUAACUAAAUAUACAAGGAAAAAUCAGUGUAGUAUAGUCGCCAUCAGAUAAAUCUGAGCGGCAGAGGUGUUCAGAAAUAUCUAAACACGCCUUAGCAACUUGAGGAUGAGGAGCAGAUAUUUAUGAGCACCUUGACCGCUCCGAUACAUCUGAUGGAAACUAUACCAU